AUGGUAAAAUAUAUUUUAUCUAACAACGAUAGAGGCCCCACACACGAGUUAUUUUACAUAAUUACAUUAUGUUUAUUGUCCGUAAAUGCGGUGCCAUUUAACCACGAAUUGUCCCUGCUCAAUGACGACCCCACAGGCAAAGUGUGGGUUGUGUUGUGCGCCAGUGGCAAGGGUUGGUAUCCAAAUUAUGGCAUCCAGGCCGAUGUCUACCACUCGUAUCAGUUGGUAAAGGAGCAUGGUAUACCUGAAGAGCAAAUCAUCAUUAUGCAUUACGAUGAUAUAGCUACACACAAAAGUAAUCCGACCCCGGGCAAAAUUAUCAAUGAACCAAACGGUACUAAUGUUUACGAAGGACUGCCUAAACAUUAUACCGGAAAAGAUGUCACUCCAGAGAACUUUUUGGGUGUAUUGCAAGGGAGUGAUGCGUUGGCCAAAGCAGGUAAAAAGGUUCUUAAGGGCGGACCAAAUGAUCGUAUAUUUGUAUAUCUUAUGGAUCAUGGUGCACCAGGCUUGGUGUUCUUCCCUGACAAACAGUUGCACGCAGAUGAUUUAAACAAGGCACUUGUUUCUAUGCACCAAGCAAAAAAAUACUCCCAAAUGGUGUUUUAUUUGGAGGCUUGUGAAUCAGGUUCAAUGUUUAACAAAAUUCUACCUGAUAAUAUUAAUGUGUAUGCCGUGACCGCCACUAAACCCGAUGAGGAUGGUUGGUUUUAUUACGAUGAUGAUACAUAUAACACUUGUCUAGGCACAUAUUUUGCCGCCAUGUGGUUCGAUGAUUGGCGCCAUAAUGAUCCCACUGUUGAGACAUUUGACCAGGAGUUUGCAUAUUUUACCAAACAUAGUAAUUUUAAAUUUGAGGGGUCCAAUUGCUCACAACACGCUCAACAUUAUGGUGAUUUAUCGCUGGCCAAAUUAACACUGUCACAAUUUUUAGGGUCUAAAAAGUUACCUCAAAGUGAAUCGAAAUCUGUGUUAAUGAAUGAAAACAUAAAAUUUGUGAAAAGCAGAGAAGCGGCUGUUUAUGUAUUGCAGCAAAAUAUUAUUCAUGCAAAGGAUGUAAACGAGAAAUUAAGAUUUACUGAAGAAUUGCAAACUCUAUUGAAUGGCAGACAAACUAUUGAUCAACAUAUGACUGAAUACGUGAAUAGUAUUCAACACUUACUGACAGUCGAUAGCAAUACUAUUCUAAACACUAAACAAGAGCUCAAUAAUAGACAGUGUUAUCGACAACUUGUAGAUAAUUAUGCCAAACAGUGUCUUGAUUUGGGCCAAAAUUCUUAUGGUUUACAAAAAUUGCAAACAUUUGUGAAUAUUUGCGAAACAAUGCGUGAAUCGAGUGAUGCGGACAUCGCUGUCAACCAAUUGAUACAACACUGCAGGCAUUUCUGCAAAGUGUGUCAAAUCGAUGAUCAGUUGUUGAAUGGUUUGCUGUCUGAGUGCAGCUGA